AUGAUACAAUUAUUUACUCCUAGUAAACCCUUCCUCUGCAAUCCGCCAUAUUCUUGGCAACAUCACCAUAUCGAUUCACAUUUCUCCCUCACAGUAACUAAGACCACAGAAACCCCAACAACGAAAAGUACCAGGAAAACAACACCAACCACAUCUGUCUCUACAACCUCCAAAACCACUGUGUCAAAAGAAUCCAGCCCAACCUCCUCAGCCAAAACAAGUCGAAGAAGCACAACUCUGACAAGGACCACAUCUUCCACCAAGUCUCCUGAAACCAGUACAACCGCCAUACCAAUGACACCCACAACCCUCACUCUCACCACGACUCCCUUCUCCACUACCUCACCAGAGAGCACAACAUCAAAGUCAACCCCGACCACUUCCACUACCACGCCCACCACAACCACCACACCAACUACACUCACAACCGUCACUCUGACGACGACGGCCCCGACCAGUACUUCUCCGGAGACCACCGCCUCUGAGUCCACCACCGCAAGCACCGUAAAAAUCACUACGCUGACGACAGUUUCUCCAUCUACUACGUCAACUAAGUCCACAACGCGAUCAACACCAACAGUAACUAAGACCACAGAAACCCCAACAACGAAAAGUACCAGGAAAACAACACCAACCACAUCUGUCUCUACAACCUCCAAAACCACUGCGUCAACAGAAUCCAGCCCAACCUCCUCAGCCAAAACAAGUCGAAGAAGCACAACUCUGACAAGGACCACAUCUUCCACCAAGUCUCCUGAAACCAGUACAACCGCCAUACCAACGACACCCACAACCCUCACUCUCACCACGACUCCCUUCUCCACUACCUCACCAGAGAGCACAACAUCAAAGUCAACCCCGACCACUUCCACUACAUUUACCACGCCCACCACAACCACCACACCAACUACACUCACAACCGUCACUCUGACGACGACAGCCCCGACCAGUACUUCUCCGGAGACCACCGCCUCUGAGUCCACCACCGCAAGCACCGUAAAAAUCACUACGCUGACGACAGUUUCUCCAUCUACUACGUCAACUAAGUCCACAACGCGAUCAACACCAACAGUAACUAAGACCGCAGAAACCCCAACAACGAGAAGUACCAGGAAAACAACACCAACCACAUCUGUCUCUACAACCUCCAAAACCACUGCGUCAACAGAAUCCAGCCCAACCUCCUCAGCCAAAACAAGUCGAAGAAGCACAACUCUGACAAGGACCACAUCUUCCACCAAGUCUCCUGAAACCAGUACAACCGCCAUACCAACUACACCCACAACCCUCACUCUCACCACGACUCCCUUCUCCACUACCUCACCAGAGACCACAACAUCAAAGUCAACCCCUACCACUUCCACUACCACACCCACCACAACCACCACACCAACUACACUCACAACCGUCACUCUGACGACGACAGCCCCGACCAGUACUUCUCCGGAGACCACCGCCUCUGAGUCCACCACCGCAAGCACCGUAAAAAUCACUACGCUGACGACAGUUUCUCCAUCUACUACGUCAACUAAGUCCACAACGCGAUCAACACCAACAGUAACUAAGACCACAGAAACCCCAACAACGAAAAGUACCAGGAAAACAACACCAACCACAUCUGUCUCUACAACCUCCAAAACCACUGCGUCAACAGAAUCCAGCCCAACCUCCUCAGCCAAAACAAGUCGAAGAAGCACAACUCUGACAAGGACCACAUCUUCCACCAAGUCUCCUGAAACCAGUACAACCGCCAUACCAACGACACCCACAACCCUCACUCUCACCACGACUCCCUUCUCCACUACCUCACCAGAGAGCACAACAUCAAAGUCAACCCCGACCACUUCCACUACAUUUACCACGCCCACCACAACCACCACACCAACUACACUCACAACCGUCACUCUGACGACGACAGCCCCGACCAGUACUUCUCCGGAGACCACCGCCUCUGAGUCCACCACCGCAAGCACCGUAAAAAUCACUACGCUGACGACAGUUUCUCCAUCUACUACGUCAACUAAGUCCACAACGCGAUCAACACCAACAGUAACUAAGACCGCAGAAACCCCAACAACGAGAAGUACCAGGAAAACAACACCAACCACAUCUGUCUCUACAACCUCCAAAACCACUGCGUCAACAGAAUCCAGCCCAACCUCCUCAGCCAAAACAAGUCGAAGAAGCACAACUCUGACAAGGACCACAUCUUCCACCAAGUCUCCUGAAACCAGUACAACCGCCAUACCAACUACACCCACAACCCUCACUCUCACCACGACUCCCUUCUCCACUACCUCACCAGAGACCACAACAUCAAAGUCAACCCCUACCACUUCCACUACCACACCCACCACAACCACCACACCAACUACACUCACAACCGUCACUCUGACGACGACAGCCCCGACCAGUACUUCUCCGGAGACCACCGCCUCUGAGUCCACCACCGCAAGCACCGUAAAAAUCACUACGCUGACGACAGUUUCUCCAUCUACUACGUCAACUAAGUCCACAACGCGAUCAACACCAACAGUAACUAAGACCACAGAAACCCCAACAACGAAAAGUACCAGGAAAACAACACCAACCACAUCUGUCUCUACAACCUCCAAAACCACUGCGUCAACAGAAUCCAGCCCAACCUCCUCAGCCAAAACAAGUCGAAGAAGCACAACUCUGACAAGGACCACAUCUUCCACCAAGUCUCCUGAAACCAGUACAACCGCCAUACCAACGACACCCACAACCCUCACUCUCACCACGACUCCCUUCUCCACUACCUCACCAGAGAGCACAACAUCAAAGUCAACCCCGACCACUUCCACUACAUUUACCACGCCCACCACAACCACCACACCAACUACACUCACAACCGUCACUCUGACGACGACAGCCCCGACCAGUACUUCUCCGGAGACCACCGCCUCUGAGUCCACCACCGCAAGCACCGUAAAAAUCACUACGCUGACGACAGUUUCUCCAUCUACUACGUCAACUAAGUCCACAACGCGAUCAACACCAACAGUAACUAAGACCGCAGAAACCCCAACAACGAGAAGUACCAGGAAAACAACACCAACCACAUCUGUCUCUACAACCUCCAAAACCACUGCGUCAACAGAAUCCAGCCCAACCUCCUCAGCCAAAACAAGUCGAAGAAGCACAACUCUGACAAGGACCACAUCUUCCACCAAGUCUCCUGAAACCAGUACAACCGCCAUACCAACUACACCCACAACCCUCACUCUCACCACGACUCCCUUCUCCACUACCUCACCAGAGACCACAACAUCAAAGUCAACCCCUACCACUUCCACUACCACACCCACCACAACCACCACACCAACUACACUCACAACCGUCACUCUGACGACGACAGCCCCGACCAGUACUUCUCCGGAGACCACCGCCUCUGAGUCCACCACCGCAAGCACCGUAAAAAUCACUACGCUGACGACAGUUUCUCCAUCUACUACGUCAACUAAGUCCACAACGCGAUCAACACCAACAGUAACUAAGACCACAGAAACCCCAACAACGAAAAGUACCAGGAAAACAACACCAACCACAUCUGUCUCUACAACCUCCAAAACCACUGCGUCAACAGAAUCCAGCCCAACCUCCUCAGCCAAAACAAGUCGAAGAAGCACAACUCUGACAAGGACCACAUCUUCCACCAAGUCUCCUGAAACCAGUACAACCGCCAUACCAACGACACCCACAACCCUCACUCUCACCACGACUCCCUUCUCCACUACCUCACCAGAGAGCACAACAUCAAAGUCAACCCCGACCACUUCCUCUACCACGCCCACCACAACCACCACACCAACUACACUCACAACCGUCACUCUGACGACGACAGCCCCGACCAGUACUUCUCCGGAGACCACCGCCUCUGAGUCCACCACCGCAAGCACCGUAAAAAUCACUACGCUGACGACAGUUUCUCCAUCUACUACGUCAACUAAGUCCACAACGCGAUCAACACCAACAGUAACUAAGACCACAGAAACCCCAACAACGAAAAGUACCAGGAAAACAACACCAACCACAUCUGUCUCUACAACCUCCAAAACCACUGCGUCAACAGAAUCCAGCCCAACCUCCUCAGCCAAAACAAGUCGAAGAAGCACAACUCUGACAAGGACCACAUCUUCCACCAAGUCUCCUGAAACCAGUACAACCGCCAUACCAACGACACCCACAACCCUCACUCUCACCACGACUCCCUUCUCCACUACCUCACCAGAGAGCACAACAUCAAAGUCAACCCCGACCACUUCCUCUACCACGCCCACCACAACCACCACACCAACUACACUCACAACCGUCACUCUGACGACGACAGCCCCGACCAGUACUUCUCCGGAGACCACCGCCUCUGAGUCCACCACCGCAAGCACCGUAAAAAUCACUACGCUGACGACAGUUUCUCCAUCUACUACGUCAACUAAGUCCACAACGCGAUCAACACCAACAGUAACUAAGACCACAGAAACCCCAACAACGAAAAGUACCAGGAAAACAACACCAACCACAUCUGUCUCUACAACCUCCAGAACCACUGCGUCAACAGAAUCCAGCCCAACCUCCUCAGCCAAAACAAGUCGAAGAAGCACAACUCUGACAAGGACCACAUCUUCCACCAAGUCUCCUGAAACCAGUACAACCGCCAUACCAACGACACCCACAACCCUCACUCUCACCACGACUCUCUUCUCCACUACCUCACCAGAGAGCACAACAUCAAAGUCAACCCCGACCACUUCCACUACAUUUACCACGCCCACCACAACCACCACACCAACUACACUCACAACCGUCACUCUGACGACGACAGCCCCGACCAGUACUUCUCCGGAGACCACCGCGUCUGAGUCCACCUCCGCAAGCACCGUAAAAAUCACUACGCUGACGACAGUUUCUCCAUCUACUACGUCAACUAAGUCCACAACGCGAUCAACACCAACAGUAACUAAGACCACAGAAACCCCAACAACGAAAAGUACCAGGAAAACAACACCAACCACAUCUGUCUCUACAACCUCCAAAACCACUGCGUCAACAGAAUCCAGCCCAACCUCCUCAGCCAAAACAAGUCGAAGAAGCACAACUCUGACAAGGACCACAUCUUCCACCAAGUCUCCUGAAACCAGUACAACCGCCAUACCAACGACACCCACAACCCUCACUCUCACCACGACUCCCUUCUCCACUACCUCACCAGAGAGCACAACAUCAAAGUCAACCCCGACCACUUCCUCUACCACGCCCACCACAACCACCACACCAACUACACUCACAACCGUCACUCUGACGACGACAGCCCCGACCAGUACUUCUCCGGAGACCACCGCCUCUGAGUCCACCACCGCAAGCACCGUAAAAAUCACUACGCUGACGACAGUUUCUCCAUCUACUACGUCAACUAAGUCCACAACGCGAUCAACACCAACAGUAACUAAGACCACAGAAACCCCAACAACGAAAAGUACCAGGAAAACAACACCAACCACAUCUGUCUCUACAACCUCCAGAACCACUGCGUCAACAGAAUCCAGCCCAACCUCCUCAGCCAAAACAAGUCGAAGAAGCACAACUCUGACAAGGACCACAUCUUCCACCAAGUCUCCUGAAACCAGUACAACCGCCAUACCAACGACACCCACAACCCUCACUCUCACCACGACUCUCUUCUCCACUACCUCACCAGAGAGCACAACAUCAAAGUCAACCCCGACCACUUCCACUACAUUUACCACGCCCACCACAACCACCACACCAACUACACUCACAACCGUCACUCUGACGACGACAGCCCCGACCAGUACUUCUCCGGAGACCACCGCGUCUGAGUCCACCUCCGCAAGCACCGUAAAAAUCACUACGCUGACGACAGUUUCUCCAUCUACUACGUCAACUAAGUCCACAACGCGAUCAACACCAACAGUAACUAAGACCACAGAAACCCCAACAACGAAAAGUACCAGGAAAACAACACCAACCACAUCUGUCUCUACAACCUCCAAAACCACUGCGUCAACAGAAUCCAGCCCAACCUCCUCAGCCAAAACAAGUCGAAGAAGCACAACUCUGACAAGGACCACAUCUUCCACCAAGUCUCCUGAAACCAGUACAACCGCCAUACCAACGACACCCACAACCCUCACUCUCACCACGACUCCCUUCUCCACUACCUCACCAGAGAGCACAACAUCAAAGUCAACCCCGACCACUUCCUCUACCACGCCCACCACAACCACCACACCAACUACACUCACAACCGUCACUCUGACGACGACAGCCCCGACCAGUACUUCUCCGGAGACCACCGCCUCUGAGUCCACCACCGCAAGCACCGUAAAAAUCACUACGCUGACGACAGUUUCUCCAUCUACUACGUCAACUAAGUCCACAACGCGAUCAACACCAACAGUAACUAAGACCACAGAAACCCCAACAACGAAAAGUACCAGGAAAACAACACCAACCACAUCUGUCUCUACAACCUCCAGAACCACUGCGUCAACAGAAUCCAGCCCAACCUCCUCAGCCAAAACAAGUCGAAGAAGCACAACUCUGACAAGGACCACAUCUUCCACCAAGUCUCCUGAAACCAGUACAACCGCCAUACCAACGACACCCACAACCCUCACUCUCACCACGACUCUCUUCUCCACUACCUCACCAGAGAGCACAACAUCAAAGUCAACCCCGACCACUUCCACUACAUUUACCACGCCCACCACAACCACCACACCAACUACACUCACAACCGUCACUCUGACGACGACAGCCCCGACCAGUACUUCUCCGGAGACCACCGCGUCUGAGUCCACCUCCGCAAGCACCGUAAAAAUCACUACGCUGACGACAGUUUCUCCAUCUACUACGUCAACUAAGUCCACAACGCGAUCAACACCAACAGUAACUAAGACCGCAGAAAUCCCAACAACGAGAAGUACCAGGAAGACAACACCAACCACAUCUGUCUCUACAACCUCCAAAACCACUGUGUCAACAGAAUCCAGCCCAACCUCCUCAGCCAAAACAAGUCGAAGAAGCACAACUCUGACAAAGACUACAUCUUCCACCAAGUCUACUGAAACCAGUACAACCGCCAUACCAACUACACCCACAACCCUCACUCUCACCACGACUCCCUUCUCCAUUAGCUCACCAGAGACCACAACAUCAAAGUCAACCCCUACCACUUCCACUACCUUUACCACGCCCACCACAACCACCACAUCAACUACACUCACAACCGUCACUCUGACGACGACGGCCCCGACUAGUACUUCUCCGGAGACCACCGCAUCUGAGUCCACCACCGCAAGCACAGUAAAAAUAACUACGCUGACGACAGUUUCUCCAACUACUACGUCAACUAAGUCCACAACUGGGGCAACACCAACAGGAAAAGAGCCUACGAUACCUACUACUCCAUCCUCACCUGUAACUAAGACCACAGAAACCCCAACAACGAGAAGUACCAGGAAAACAACACCAACCACAUCUGUCUCUACAACAUCCAAAACCACUGCGUCAACAGAAUCCAGCCCAACCUCCUCAGCCAAAACAAGUCGAAGAAGCACAACUCUGACAAGGGCCACAUCUUCCACCAAGUCUCCUGAAACCAGUACAACCGCCAUACCAACGACACCCACAACCCUCACUCUCACCACGACUCCAUUCUCCACUAGCUCACCAGCGAGCACAACAUCAAAGUCAACCCCUACCACAUUUACCACGCCCACCACAACCACCACACCAACUACACUCACAACUGUCACUCUGACGACGACAGCCCCGACCAGUACUUCUCCGGAGACCACCACGUCUGAGUCCACGACCGCAAGCACCGUAAAAAUAACUACGCUGACGACAGUUUCUCCAUCUACUACGUCAACUAAGUCCACAACGCGAUCAACACCAACAGUUACUAAGACCGCGGAAACCCCAACAACGAGAAGUACCAGGAAAACAACACCAACCACAUCUGUCUCUACAACCUCCAAAACCACUGCGACAACAGAAUCCAGCCCAACCUCCUCAGCCAAAACAAGUCGAAGAAGCACAACUCUGACAAGGACUACAUCUUCCACCAAGUCUACUGAAACCAGUACAACCGCCAUACCAACUACACCCACAACCCUCACUCUCACUACGACUCCCUUCUCCACUAGCUCACCAGAGACCACAACAUCAAAGUCAACCCCUACCACUUCCACUACCUUUACCACGCCCACCACAACCACCACACCAACUACACUCACAACCGUCACUCUGACGACGAUGGCCCCGACCAGUACUUCUCCGGAGACGACCCCAUCUGAGUCCACCACCUCAAGCACCGUAAAAAUAACUACGCUGAUGACAGUUUCUCCAACUACUGUGUCAACUAAGUCCACAAUGCGACCAACACCAACAGUAACUAAGACCGCAGAAAUCCCAACAACGAGAAGUACCAGGAAGACAACACCAGCCACAUCUGUCUCUACAACCUCCAAAACCACUGCGUCAACAGAAUCCAGCCCAACCUCCUCAGCCAAAACAAGUCGAAGAAGCACAACUCUGACAAGGACUAUAUCUUCCACCAAGUCUUCUGAAUCCAGUACAACCGCCAUACCAACUACACCCACAACCCUCACUCUCACCACGACUCCCUUCUCCACUAGCUCACCAGAGACCACAACAUCAAAGUCAACCCCUACCACUUCCACUACCUUUACCACUCCCACCACAACCACCACACCAACUACACUCACAACCGUCACUCUGACAACGACGGCCCCGACCAGUACUUCUCCGGAGACCACCACGUCUGAGUCCACCACCGCAAGCACCGUAAAAAUAACUACGCUGACGACAGUUUCUCCAACUACUACGUCAACUAAGUCCACAACGCGAUCAACACCAACAGUAAUUAAGACCGCAGAAACCCCAACAACGAGAAGUACCAGGAAAACAACACCAACCACAUCGGUCUCUACAACCUCCAAAAUCACUGCGUCAACAGAAUCCAGCCCAACCUCCUCAGCCAAAACAAGUCAAAGAAGCACAACUCUGACAAGGACUAUAUCUUCCACCAAGUCUUCUAAAACCAGUACAACCACCAUACCAACUACACCCACAACCCUCACUCUCACCACGACUCCCUUCUCCACUAGCUCACCAGAGACCACAACAUCAAAGUCAUCCCCUACCACUUCCACUACCUUUACCACUCCCACAACAACCACCACACCAACUACAUUCACAACCGUCACUCUGACGACGAAGGCCCCGACCAGUACUUCUCCGGAGACCACCGCAUCUGAGUCCACCACUGCAAGCACUGUAAAAACAACUACACUGACGACAGUUUCUCCAACUACUACGUCAACUAAGUCCACAACAGGAGCAACACCAACAGGAAAAGAGCCAACAAUACCUACUACUCUAUUCUCACCUGUAACUAAGACUGCAGAAACCCCAACAACGAGAAGUACCAGGAAAACAACACCAACCACAUCUGUCUCUACAACCUCCAAAACCACUGCGUCAACAGAAUCAAGCCCAACCUCCUCACCAAAAACAAUUCUAAGAAGCACCUCAUCACCAAAAACUGCUCCAAUAAUUAUUAUGACAACAACUAUGCCUUCCACCAAGUCUACGGUAACCAGGACAACCGCCACACCAACUAAACCCACAACCCUCUCUUUCACCACGACUACCUUGUCCACUAUCUCACCAGAGAGCACAACAUCAAAAUCAACCUCUACCAUUUCCACUACCUUUACCAUGCCUAUCGCAACCACCACACCAUCUACACUCACAACCGUCACACUGACGACGACGGCCCCGACCAGUAUUUCACCGGAGAGCACCGCAGCUGAGUCCACUACCACAAGUACUGUAAAAACAACUACUUUGACAACAGUUUCUCCAACGUCAGCUAAGUCCACAACUAAGUCAACACCAACAGUAACAAAGGCCAUACGAACCACACCACCACAAAGAACCACCCCCAGAAGUACGACGAAAACGUCACCAACCUCAUCAGUCUCCACAACAUCCAAAACCACUGCAUCAACAGAGUCCACUUCAACCUCCAUACCAAAAACUAGGCUGAUAACAACAUCUCUGACGACUACUCCUUCCACUACGUCUACUCAGUCCAGCACAACCGCCACACCAACUGCACCCACAGCCAUCACCUUGACAACAAUUACCUUGACCACUAGUUCAGCGAAGAGCACCACCUCAGAGUUCACCUCCACCCAAAACACUACUUUUACCACCACAAAAACCACAACGCUGACAUCCCCUACCACUUCCAUUACCUCUACCAAGUCCAGCACAACCACCACACCAACUACACCCACGACUGUCACUCUGACAACGGCCUCAGCCAGUACUUCAACAAAGAGCACCACAUCAGAGUCCACUAGUCCGAGUAGUGCAAAAACAUCUACACUGACGACAGUUUCUCCAACUACUAAGUCAACUAAGUCCACAACGGGAACACCACCAACAGUAACAAAGACUAUAGAAAGCACACCACCACAAAGAACUACUCCCAUCAGUACGACGAAAACAACACCAAUAACAUCUGUCUCUACAACAUCCAAAACCACUAUUUCUACAGAGUCCACUCCAACCUCCUCACCAAAAACUAGGCUGGUAACCACAACUCUGACAACGUCUACUCCUUCUACUACAUCUAUGGUGUCCAGCACAACUGCCACACCAACUACACCCACAACCGUCACUCUGACUACCUCAACCACUAGUUCAGCGGAGACCACCAUAUCAAAGUCCACCUCUCCGCAGACCAUUACCUCUACCACCACAAAAACCACAUCACUGACAACCCCUACACCUUCCAUUACCUCUACCACAUCCAGCACAACCACCACCCCAACUACACUCACAUCUAUCACUCUGACGACAAUGGUCCCUACAGCUAGGUCAACAUCAGAGUCCAUCACCCCAAGCACCAUAAAAGCCACAACACUGACAGGAAUUUCUUCUACUCCUAUUUCAACUAAAUCCACAAUGAGGACAACACCAACACCAACAGUAAUAAAGUCAACUAGAAAAACCACAACUUCCAGUUCUUCUAUUAAAUCCACUACAAGCACUUCAUCAACAACUGCUCCAAUCUCUACCUCAACAGAAUUUUCAACAUUGGAAUCCACCACUCUGCCUAAUGCCACUACCUCAAUCACCAAAAAACCGACAUCAAAAAUGACUACUCCCACAUUUACGGCUUCGACACUCACUAUGAUAACAUCCACAACUCCGAAAACCACAACCAUCAAAAUCACAACUUUUUCAACUACUCCAACUAGUUCAUCAACUGAAACAGCCACAGUCAAAUCAACUACAUACAUAACACCAACCACAACAAAAACCACAGCUCUAGUCAAUGAAACAACUAUGGCUUCUACUGCAUUUACUACAAGCUUUCACCUCCCUGGCACACUGUCUACUUUACUAACUACAACACCGUCAAAAGAACGUUGUAGAGAGAUUGAAUAUGAGGAGCAAGUGACUUACAAAGGUUGUAUUACAAAUGUCACCUUGACCCGCUGUGAAGGAAUGUGUCCAUCUUCAGCAAAGCUAAAUAUCGCAAAGAUGAUGGUAGAUGUGGAAUGUGGCUGUUGUAUGCCAGUCACACUGCAUAAAAAGGAACUGAAAAUGCCUUGCCCAGACCCAGAUCACCCUGGAAAGAGGCUCGUUAUGGAGAUAAUCAUAUUUGGUGGCUGCGUAUGUAACUACGAUGGCUGCACACACUAGCUGGGCUUUUCAAACAGUAUCAAAACAUUUUUUUUUUAAAUGAAAUUACACGGUAACAAUUUACAACAUUUCAAACAAUGACAGUUCAUUAGUAUGACCUCUCUUAUGUCUGCUUCUGCUGAUUACAUGGGCCAGCUUUGUAGGGAGGCAACCAGGGUAGUUAUCUAGAAUGCAGAUAACUAUAGUAUUAAAAUGAUGUGAAUAAUUUAUUUCUAAAUUAGGGGAAGUAAGGAAAGAUCCAGUAGUGUCUGGCUUGCUCAAGACACUAUUUAACCAAAUGCUAAAAGCUGGCCUGACUGAUUAUGUACUAUAUAAUACUAAUUGGGGUUUUGCUCUUUCAAAUAAAAUGUGAUGACCUGCUAAUUCUUUACAUCUGUGUUAAGUGACAAUUGGGUUAGAAUGCGCUUUCUACUGUAAACAGCUGCAGUGUUUCUGUAAAUUCAUAAAAUGAUAUGUUAAUCCAUAGAAUGCUAGCCAAUGUCUAAGUGGAUGACAUCUGAAAAGAGUAACUAGGGCCUGGUCCACACUACACAGUUAAAUCAAUUUAACCAGCGUUAAAUCGAUUUAACGCU